AUGAUUUCCUUGGCGCUGGAUUCCGGUCGGAAUUUCAAACAAAGUUUCCGAUUAUUUUCUGGCCACUUCCUGCAAACCUUGAAUUGGAAACGGCCAGGAACUGGCCGGAUACUUCCUCGAAACUUCCGACCAGAAUCCGCCGCCAAGGAACUCGCCGAAUCCGACCGAAACCUGCUGAAUUCGACUGGAACCGACUGGAAUUAUGCCGAAACCGGCUCAGAUUCCAACGGAUCCGGUCGCCGGAAUAAUCGACCUGCGUUUCUAUCACAAAUACAAUUACUGAACAUGUGA